AUGGGCAACGAGGCGAGCACGGUCCAUGCCGAUGGCGCAGCGACGGACCUUCCUGCGAGCCAGCGCGCCAUGAACAUCCUCAAGAUGAUCGAGUUUUCCAAGGACCCGCGGGCGGGCAUGCUCGAGUCGCGCGACCAAUACGGGGACCUCUUUCUCCUCGAGAGCCAUCUCGUGAGCGAGAAGAUCGCCGGAUUCUGCGGCCCCGAGCUCCUCGCGGCCUUCGACGACAAGCUGCAAGACGGCAGCAUCGUGCGCGAAGGGGCGUUCCCGUCCGGAAUUGUCGCGCUCCUAGGGGCCAUCAUGCCGACCAUCGAUGGCGAGGAGCACCACGCGCGCAAGGCCGCAGCCCUUGAAGCUUUCACGCCCGCACGACUUGAUCUCUAUGCACCGCUCAUUCGCGAGAUUGUCCAGGCCGAACAUGCAUCAUGGGCGGCGCGAGGCGGUGCCAUCUCGCUUGCGUGCCUCACGCGCGAAAUGGUCUUCCGCAUUUUCCUUAAGGUGCUGUACGGCGUCGAGCGGCACGACGCCAACAAGUUUCGGGUCCUUCUUGACGAUUUCAUCGCUUCGAUUCGCCGGUCCA